AUGUUUUGGGGAACUCAAAUAUCACAAGGAAAAACUCACAAAUUAACAGCAGAAGAAGCAGAUGUUAUCCAUGUUUCUAAUGUUGCCAUUUCUGAAGGAGAAAAUAAAAUUUAAGUUUAUGCAAAAGUAUAAGGAAAAGAAUUCAUCCUUGCCAAUCUUGAGAAAAACAAGUUGGAAUAAGUCUCUUUGGACUUGUAUUUCAGAGCUGACCAAUAGGUAGAAUUUGGAGUGAAAGGAAAAGGAACUAUUCAUGUUUCUGGAUAUAUCGAACCUGAAUUAGAUAAUGAAGAGGGAUUAUCUGAUGAUGAUGAGUAAACCCUAAGCCAAGAUGAGGAAGCUAGCGAAGAAAGUCCAGAACCAGUUCAAUAAACAAAGAAAAAAGAAUAAUCUAAAUAAUAACCAUAAUAAUAAUUAUAAUAAUAAACUUAAAAAUAAAAUAAAGAAAAAUAAGAAUAACCAUAAUCCAAACCUCAAUAAGGAUAAUAACAAUAGAAACCAACAUAAUAAUAAUAAAAACCAUAAUAAUAAUAACCAAAGCCAUAAUAACAACAACCAAAAAAGGCUGAUGAGGAAUGGGAUGACGAUGAAGAUGAUGAGGGUCUUGAUGAUUUUGAUGAAAAUGACUUAGAUGAUGGAGAUUUGGAUGAUGAUGAAGAUGAAGAUGAAUCUGAAGAAUAAAAACCCUAAUAAAAGUUUGUUAAAAACAAUGAGGGAUAAAAGCAAAAGCCUAAGUAAGAGUAAACUAAACCUUAAUAAAAAGGAUAGUAAUAAUAAUAAUAAUAAAAAUAAUAAAACUAAAAUCAAUAAUAAUAAAAAUAAUAGAAUUAGAAUCAAUAAUAAUAAAAUAAAGGAAACUAAUAAUAAGGUUAAAAGCCAGCCUAAAAUCAAUAAUAAAAUCAAGGAAAACAAUAAUAACAUCCUCAAAAUAAAGGAAAUCCCCAAUAAAAUAAGGACAAUUAAAACAAGAAUUUCAACAAGAAUGCCAAUAAAAAUCAAGGUGGCUUCAAGUAAAAGCAAUAAUGAGUGUUAAUAUAUAACAUUAUAUAAAUAAAAAAAUACAUAUCAAAAAUUUUGUA